AAUCGCGCCGCGCAGGGGGAGGAGCCCCAAAGGGGGAAAAAGAAAGUGCGGCGGAAAGUAAGAGGCUCAUUGGGGGAAGACUAGCCGGAUCAGGGUCCCCGGGCUCCGCUUUGGCCAGACUCACCGAAAGAAGCAGUGUCGGGCGACCCUGCCACUCAUCCCACUGGUUCUCUGCGCCCGCUCUGCUUCCCGAGAAAGGAUGGGACUCCUGUGGUGUGUGAUGAGUCUCUACUUCUAUGGGAUCCUGCAAAGUGAUGCCUCAGAACGCUGUGAUGACUGGGGACUAGAUACCAUGAGGCAGAUCCAAGUGUUUGAAGAUGAGCCAGCUCGCCUCAAGUGCCCACUCUUUGAACACUUCUUGAAAUACAACUACAGCACAGCCCACUCAGCUGGCCUGACUCUGAUCUGGUAUUGGACGAGGCAGGACCGGGACCUGGAGGAGCCAAUUAACUUCCGUCUCCCUGACAACCGCAUUAGUAAGGAGAAAGAUGUGCUCUGGUUCCGACCCACCCUCCUCAACGACACCGGCAACUACACCUGCAUGCUAAGGAACACCACAUACUGCAGCAAAGUUGCAUUUCCUCUGGAAGUGGUUCAGAAAGACAGCUGCUUCAAUUCCUCCAUGAAACUCCCACUGCAUAAGCUGUAUAUAGAGUAUGGUGUUCAGAAGAUCACAUGUCCAAAUGUAGAUGGGUUCUUUCCUUCCACUGUCAAACCAACCAUCACUUGGUACAUGGGCUGUCAGAAAAUACAGAACUUUAAUAAUGUGGUAGCUGAAGGCCUGAACUUGAGUUUUCUCAUCGCCUUGGUUUCGAACAAUGGAGAUUACACAUGUGUUGUUACAUACCCAGAAAAUGGGCGUACCUUCCAUCUCACUAGGACUCUGACUGUAAAGGUGGUAGGCUCUCCAAAAGAUGCAUUGCCUCCUCAGAUCUAUUCACCCAAUGAUCUUGUGGUCUACGAGAAAGAACCGGGAGAGGAGCUGCUCAUCCCCUGUACAGUCUAUUUUACUUUCCUGAAGGAUGCUCGCAAUGAGGUUUGGUGGACCAUUGACGGAAAAAAGCCAGACGACACCAAUAUUGAUGUAACUGUUAAUGAAAGUAUAAGUUUGACCCAAACCGAAGAUGAAACGAGGACUCAGAUUUUGAACAUCAAAAAAGUUACUGCUGAGGAUCUCAAGCGCAACUAUGUCUGUCAUGCUAGAAAUGCCAAAGGGGAGGUUGACAAAGCAGCCAAGGUGAAACAGAAAGCUCCAAGAUACACAGUGGAAUUAGCAUGUGGUUUUGGAGCCACAGUCCUGCUGGUAGUGAUUCUCAUUGUUGUUUACCACGUUUACUGGCUGGAAAUGGUCUUAUUUUACCGGGCUCAUUUUGGAACAGAUGAAACCAUUUUAGAUGGGAAGGAAUAUGAUAUUUAUGUAUCUUAUGCAAGAAAUGCUGAGGAAGAGGAGUUUGUGUUACUGACCCUCCGUGGUGUCUUGGAGAAUGAAUUUGGAUACAAGCUGUGCAUCUUUGACCGUGACAGUCUACCUGGGGGAAAUACAGUGGAAGCAGUCUUUGACUUCAUUCAGAGAAGCCGAAGGAUGAUUGUUGUCCUGAGCCCAGACUAUGUGACAGAAAAAAGCAUCAGCAUGCUGGAGUUUAAACUGGGUGUCAUGUGCCAGAACUCUAUUUCCACCAAGCUUAUUGUGGUUGAGUACCGUCCCCUUGAGCACCCACACCCAAGCAUCCUGCAGCUGAAGGAAUCUGUGUCUUUUGUGAGCUGGAAGGGAGAAAAGUCCAAACAUUCUGGCUCUAAAUUCUGGAAGGCCUUGCGGUUGGCACUUCCCCUGAGAAGUCUGAGUGCCAGCUCUGGCUGGAAUGAAAGCUGUUCUUCCCAGUCUGACAUCAGUCUGGACCAUGUUCAAAGGAGGAGAAGUCGUUUGAAAGAGCCCCCAGAACUCCAGGGCUCAGGGAGAGCAUCAGGCACCUCUCCAGCCCCAGACAUGAUGUCCAAGCACAGAGGGAAGUCCUCUGCAGCCUGUCGCUGCUGUGUCACCUACUGUGAAGGAGAGAGUCACCUUAGGAGCAAGAGCCGGGCAGAGAUACAUACCCAGCCCCAGUGGGAGACACACCUCUGUAAGCCUGUUCCCCAAGAAUCAGAAACUCAAUGGAUACAAAAUGGCACCAGAUUGGAGCCCCCUGCUUCCCAGAUCUCAGCCCUUGCUCUUCACCAUUUUACGGAUUUAUCCAAUAACAAUGACUUCUAUAUCUUAUAAUUACCGUGUGGUGGGUGGUGGCUGCUAUCUAUCUAUACCAGCCCUCUUUGUGUUAUGAACCUAUGGGAGUAAUUGACAUUUUUAUCAUCUAAUGGACUACCAGACUGUGUCCCCUUUAUUGAUUUUUAAAAACUAUUUAUUUCUAGGAGACAAAAGACGUGAGGACCCGAAUCCAGAAUUAUUGCUUCUAAUGGCCUCAGAAGAGCACACUCUUCUUGGGCCCUAGAAGGUCAGUAUGUGAAAGUUGCCUAAAGUCUGAUCCUCUAUCUUGCCCAAUGGUUUCAAACUGAGCAAAGAAUUUAAAUAUGUUUCCUUUGAGUUUGUUGAUCAAUGUCAUAUUAUGAGUCAGUCAGGUGUACUUGGGCUAUGACACUUACAGGGUAUGUGUAUCCCAAGAGAGCAUUGUGGAAAUGAGUUGAUUGUGGUGGAAGCUGUAGGAAUAAGCUCUACUAAAAACCUACAGCACAUUUUUCUUGGAAGAACCAAACGCGCGCACACACACACACACAGAUACAUGGUAUUCUGUCUCACUGUAAACUAGUGAUCUAUAAACUGCCUAAAGUUGUUAGCAUCAAUAAAGUUAUAUUUUUAUGUGAUUUUAUUUGUACUAACAAAUUUUUACCUCUCUCUCCCCUCUUCUUUUUAUGGCUUUUGAAUUCAUAUCAGAAGAGUAUUCCACUUCAGGAAAUCAAGACUUGGUUUAGGUACUAGGAAAGUUCAAGGUGUCUCUUUAGUUUCUUUCUAAUGUGUGUGGAGGGGAGAUUGGGGAAAGGGCAGAAAAAGAGAGAAAAUAUUUCAAAUGAAAUGGAAGUUUACACAAAAAUAUCUCCUAUUUUUAGAACUGAGAGCUGAAAAAUUCAGUAUUAUUAGGGAUUCAGUGUAGCAUUUGGUGUAUGUAACCCUUUUUCACAUUCAAGGUUCUAAGAAGGGAUAGUCAGUCCAAGUGCCUACAAGAAUCAGAAAGUAAGAAAAAAGAGAAAAGGGGGCUAGAAAUAAGCAUAAUACACAUGCUGUCCAUCUAAGACCCAUAUGUAUAGAGAUAGGUAUAGGUACAUAUUUCUUUACUUGAAACAUCUUAACACAGUCAUAAAAGGCACAUGGCAUUUGAUCUGCCAGUGAGGGAGAUAAUAGAGAUGAUUGGACCUGUGGGUAAUUGAAGAAUAUUCCUUAAAAAGGAAGCAACCUCUACCCAGUUCCAUCAUGAUAGUUUUCACUCAGUCCCAUUGUUGGCAGAUUGUCCAGUUUUUCAGAAGAAUCUAAAAAAUAAGGUUUGUAUAUGGGAUGUCUUAAUCUUAAAACAAAAGAAAAAAAAAAAACAAAUCAUAUGAACAUGUAGUCAGCCUGAGGGCCACCAGUUUGUAAUUUCAGAACUGAAGUAUUUACCCAAAGAGUAUAUAUCUGAGUGGGAAUUCAAGCAUCCUUGGCAAUACUGAGACUGGAGAACACAGACAGGACCUAAGGACAUAAUGGGAGACUUCUAUUCCCUUCCCAAAUCAAAAACAUCUGAAUCGUCAAAAAUAAGACUGAUCUGACCUACCACUUCACCAGAGGAGAAAAAGUUCUGGAAAAUAGUGUGCCCUCCAUAUUCUCUGAUGGAAGAGUGCAGGUCCCCUGAGUGGUGAGGUUGCUAUAAGAAAAUUAGAAGCACAAUCUGCUUCCCCUGGAUAGGAGCAGGAUGAAAAGAGCAAAGUACCAUACCAGACAUGAGCAGUCACCUUUAAUAUGUUAGUGCUGGCUGCUAGUAAGCUGUGGCCCAAUGAAUGUCAACAUUUUUCAGCCACUAAUAGUGAAGGAUGGGUGGAGAAAGAAGCCAGACAUUCUGUUCCACUACUCCACUUGGAAAGAAAAGCAGAAAAUCCCUUCUCUGUUGAAACAAACUAUUAUACCCCUUUCCUCUUGAAAGAAAAAGAGGUGGGAAUAAGGACACCCCAGAGUAAAUGUGACUCAUCAUGGAACUUGUAAUUAGAAAAUGAUAGGACACCUUACCUGAAUAUCUUGUAGAAAACAAUUGAGCACAAGGAUAUUCUAUAUUGCAUUUCUUUAUGAAGAGAUUAAUCCAUCCUUGAUGUGUGUUCAAGGAUCUUCACUCGGAAGAGAGAUAGCAGUUAGUUUCCCAAUCUAUUUAAAUGGAGUAAUGUAUGUUGCUCCAAAUCCUAAAAAGGGAGAGAAUUUUUUUUACCCAUAAUCAGUCUUAUUCUGUAUGAGCUCAGUGUCCCAACUACAAAAUAUCUUUGGAAAAAUUGAGAAUUACUUGUGUCAUUUAUGAAUUAUUUUUUUGUGUGUGUAAAAAAUAAAGGAUAAGUGGCAACAGCAUGGAAAUUAAACAUGGGUUCUUAUGAAUGAGUAGCUAGAUAACCGUGUUCUCAAAAACUAAGUUAGUUUUGGUCAGUAUCAAUUUCCAUUAACAAUAUAUGGCCAAUAUAAGCAGUGUAAAGUCAUAGCUUUUGGCAUUAGCUACCCAGGGGUCAGAAAGAUAAUGAACCAUACUUCUACUGUAUGAAGAAAGGCUAGGAGGUUAUGUUAUUAGUCUCUGACCCAACAUUCCAUACUUGAGUGUAAUAUUCAUUGCCAUAUAUUUCAAUGAGGCAAAUGAUAAGAAAAUUUCCUCAGGGGUCAUGCAUAUUCAUAACUAAUAUGAUAUGAUUGCAGGUUAAAUGGAUAUCAUUUACAUAGGAAUAUUGCCUAUUUAGGAGCAGGAGUUUUAAGUCAAGUAGAGAUGAAUGUGAGUAUUGCUUCUCUCCUAAUUAUCUGUUUGACCAUGGGCUCUCUGGGCCUCAAUCUCCUACAAGUUAAAUGGAGUUAAUAUUAUUAACCUCACUGGGUUUUGUGGGCAAUAAACAAUAUAAUGCAUGUAAGUGCAUAGCACAGUGCCUGGAAUAUUAUAAGUGCUUUUGUAAGUGUUGGUCAGUACUAUUCCCAUAGUGAUAUCAUGCUCAUGGUUGCAUAAACUUACAUUUGUAUCAUGAUUUAUGACUCACAAAUUGAUUUCAUAUGUAUCACUUUUCUUUCCGUAUCUUUCUUUUUUUUUUUUUUUUAACUCUCACAAAAUGCACAAAAGCAGUACAUAGUAGGAACGUAUUAUCCAGAUUAAGUGACUUUCCUAAUGACACUCAGCCAGUUAGCAAUAUGGUUGGGCCUCUGAUCUAGGCUUCUGACACCUGAUCCAGUACCAAUGCUGGAACUAUUCCUAUAAAAUUAAUGUGGAAGUAUUUCUAAUUGUAACUAUUUAAUUUGGACCAUUAUACAUUCAAAUCAACAAGUCAAUUAAUGUAAACCUACAAGCAGCUAAUUAAAUGUCAUAUCAAGUGUCUGAUGUGUCAUCUGGCCUUCUCAUAUUAUGAUUUUAUAUAAUUAAUUUUUAAUAUUAUAACAUUUAUUUAAGAAUUUUAAAAGUAGAACCAUUUUUUUGUGUCUUCCAGACUUUAUAAUCAGGUUAUAAUUUUUUCCUCUCAAAAUAAAUUAUUUGUAUUUGUCUUAAUGGAAAAUAAAAAUGUACCCACAAUUUACCUUGAAAAACAAAUUUAAUCUUUCAGAAGUGAUGAUAUGCACUAAGAGUUCUAGUCACUAUCUCUUAUAACCAGUAAAACCUUGAAUAAUGUGUUCACUUCCACUUUGAAAAGUUGAAAUGGUCGGUAAAACUAAUAAGUGUGAAACUGCCAUCAUAACAAAUUGGCCUAGUUAUAAAGAUAUAAGAACACAGAAGGACAAUCAAUGGUUUAAAAAUUUUUGCGUCUAAAAAUUUGGGGGGCCUCUUACAGCAGAGAUCCUGGGACAAGUUCCUCCCCCAGGGGAGCUGGUUUAUUGGGUGCUGAACAUUGUCUAGGAAUCUGCUUUUUGAUAUUGUGCCCUUGAUAAUUCAGAUAAGGUUUUCCAUGGGUCAACUACUACUUACAAGAAUUCUUUUAAACCCUUCCCAUAUUUUUUAUAUUAUUAUUCAGGUUUAAGAGGAGAAAAGCUUUAUUAGAGUCUGCUCCAGGGCUUCUCAAAAUGUGUUCUUUGAUGCAUCCAUAUUGGAACCACUUUGAGUUCAUGUUAAAAUGCAUAUUUCUUGACCCAUCCAAGAAUAAAUAAAAUACCUCUAGAGUGGGGCAGAUUUGCACUUGGAACAAACUUUCUGGGUGAUUCUGAUGCACAAAAAGUUUAAGAACCAUUAAUUUUAUUUCUCUUUAACUCCUCUUUUACCCUUGUAGGCUCUGAUUUUCUCCAGCCAAGAAGGACUACAAAUCAUCCUUUUAACAAGGUGUUUGCAGGCAAUAGAUGAAAAUACUAAGGCACGCUUAGCCCUUGAGUUGCCUUGGCACAGGAGACAAUUAAGUAGAGGAGUGGUUGAUACAGUGUAUUUCUAAUAUAUGAAGCAUCAAACACUGACAUUUGAAAUCUAGUAUGAUUGCUGUAGUCAUCACAUGUAUUAAUCAGAUUCAGAUAAGCUAUACUAAGUAACCCCAACACUUUAGUAGGUUUACAUAACAAGACCUAUUUCUUGUUUAUGCUGUAUGUCCAGAUAGGGGCUUACAUUUUUGUAGUUUUGCCAUCUGAAAUGUGUAGCUCCCUGCUAUUCUACUUCAGCCUAAAUAUGAGACCACUCUCACUUACAAUCCAUUGGUCAAAACUAGCUGUGGCACAGAUCUAGUCAUAGGGAAGGCUGGAAAAUGCAUUUUUCCUGUGUUCCUGGGAAGAGAAAAAUGAAAUGGAACUUGGUGAACACAUAGCAUUGUCUUUGCCUAAGAAUGAGAUACUGAAAUUGCCUGAAGAGGCAAGAGAACUACAACUGGAGUUAUGUUACAUACUUUGAUAAUGAAGAAACGGAAUGAUUCCUGCCAACACCCCACCACCACUUGCCAAGGUGUCAAGUCAGGUACUUAUUUUAAAACUGUACAAAAAUGAACAAGGCUUGUCACUAAUUUUCAUAAAGGAAAAUUGUUGAAGUCAUACAUACAUACAGCUCUUGGCUAAAGAAAAUGUUUUUAAAAAUUGGUAAGUUUCUGUAUUUGGUUAAUUUCCAUUCAGUGGCUUUAGGUAGUUCUCUAAGAAUGUGGUGCUCAAACCAUCUGUCAAUGAGCCAUUUCAUUUUUGAAUAUCCAGGGAACCUCAGAAGGAUUGAAGACAUUUAGAACACAGCAGAGCAUGUAACACGGUUAUUAGAAAGCCUCCCUUGAUAUAUUUAUCUGAAGAGCUAAAUAGGGAAUUUGAACUGAACAUGCUAGAGCCUAGAUGAAGGAAGAGACAAAUGCUGCUGUGGGUAUUAUGAAGUCGGCUGCUAUCUAUGCAUCUGCUCUCUCUACGAUUUGAAUUCUCUCUAUUAAAGAUUUGCAUUUUUAUGACUU